AUGGUGCUUGACAACACAUUGGCGCAGGCCGGUAACUCCAACCCGCCUCUUCAAAAUGAAUUCAGAUCCUACACCAGAGGCCACCUCCCGAUACCCGGGUACGCUCCCCUCGUGCUCAAGACCGAGUGCCUUUCCCGACCAGACCUGUUCACCCUCUACUUCGGCUUCCUGGGCUCACGCAACUGGCUCCACAAGAACGGAGAGCACAUCCGCGACCGCAUUGAGUCCUGCAAAAUCGUGCUCAACCGGCUCCCAACGCAGGAGGAGCUCGACGCCUUCGUCGACCACGGCAGCAGAUACAUCUACCACCAGCGUCUCGGCGCGCCCUACUCCGGCGCCGCAGGCAUGGCGUACCUGUACUGGCGCGUUCGGAACUCGGGGCUCGUCGCGCACCUCGUCCCGGGGGGAUUGAGACCGGGGACGAAGCCGACGCCGGGGCAGGUGCUCGCGGCAGUGAAUCUCUACUCGACGAUCGAGCCGGCUAAUUUCCGACGGUUAUUAAUGAGCGGAGGGUUCAGGUGGUUAUUCUGCGUGUUGUCCGGUUCGGUGAUAACGAGUAUCUGGGGCAUGUUCCACGAUCUGAAGGCGACGAUGGGUGAUCCGCGGCUAGAGCAGUUCUUUGCUGAGAUGCGGCAGAAGGACCCGGAGGAGGUGCGCAAGCGGAAGAUCCAGGCGGCUAUUGAGAGGAGUAAAUCGGGCCGGGAGGCGGCGGUGCGGCGGGCGCAGGGCUUGCCGCCUGUGGAAGUGGGGAUGGGUCAGGGCGCCGGGGCUGGAGCUGGAGUCUACGCCGAGAGUCAUGAGCAUGACCAGGGCGGUGGGGCUUACGGGUCUUUGGACCCUUACUCGUCUUCCUCUGCACGGGGGUCCGUUCCGUCGGCGUCGCCGGAUAAGCCUGCUAAUCUCCCGGAUCGGAAUCUGCAGCGCUUGUACGGUGAUCCCUCCACGACGGAGUCGAUGCGUGGUGCUCCCACUGUCGAUGAGAACAAGGCUACAGACUUCUUCGAUAGCGAUGAUGCAAGCCCCGUUGCAGCGGAGUAUCGAUCUGACGGUGGCUCGCAGGGAAGCGCCUGGGAUCGAAUCAGACAGCAGGCCGGCUCCCAGGGGAGAAAGGAUGGCGGGCUAAGGUCAGCGUGGAACCGGGGGUCUUUAACGGCCGACAAUGACGGGCAACAGCGCGACCAGGCCCAGGCUGAAUUUGAUCGCUUGCUAGAGGCCGAGAGAAACAUGGCCGGUGACUCCUCUGAAGGAGGAGAGAAGAAGGGAUGGGGAAGAUGGAACUGA